AUGACGACCACGUACCAGAAACACAAGAACUUUCUCGUCGAGCCGAUGGGAAACAUGUCGGUGAGGUGUCUGCCGGGCAUCGGAGAGGUUCAGGGGCAGAAUCUGGAGCAGCAGGGCUUCGACAAGGCCUGCGUAGUUCUGGGUAAGUUCCUGCUGCUAAAGAAAGACCGUGAGAUGUUCACCGAGUGGCUGAUGGACGCCAGCGACGCGAGCCCCCAUCAGGCCAGAGCCUGCGAACAGUGUCUGAGGGACUGGUGUGACACCUUCCUCUGAGACUCCGCCUCCUCACCAGAGACCCCGCCUCUUCUUGUUCAUCCCGAGCUCCUCACUUCCUGCGUCUGAAGCUUCAAUCACAGCUCAUAACUCUGUUGGCUUUAAAGCAUUUCAGCCGGCUUCACGCCAGCUCGCUGUGACAUCACAGGUGUUUGUUUCCUGUUUUUAUGAGCUUGUUUCUUUGGGGAAAGUUGAAUAAAAGCUUUGUGUCUGGAUAGCUGGUGGUGCGUUCAGGGUCUCUACGGAACCUGUAAACUGGUGACACAUUAAAUCAACAUCAA